AUGGAAUUGUUACAUCGCAUGGAGCUCACCGACGAACAAAACACUCGUUCCUUUCAAAAGAAUGUUAAAUUCCCAUGGACAGCACAACCCGCACCAUCGUACAAGAUGCCCGCUUCCCUAUACGUCAACAAAGAAGCACGAUACAUUGGUCAAGAACUCUAUUCAAAGAGUCAUUUCCUAAUGUCUAUUCUCGAAACCGAGAAACCGGUUUAUUUUCGCGAGGACCUGGAUACUCUUCAUUUUUCGGAUUGGUUUACCUUCAAUACUUUCUGUGUACAAUUCGCAUUUGUGCAGACGAACGAGACAUCCAUCAGACUUGCGAUGAAAGCAAACCGUCGUGUCAUAAUUCCUGAUGAUGAGGAAGAUAUCCCGUUGCUUCUUCGAUGUGUCGUUUGCAGACAUAAUAAUCGGGGUUGGCAUCGUCCAAAUCCUUGCGUAAAAUGUCAAGACAUGAAUCCGAGAGAACGUCUAGAUGACUACAUCAAAAACGUUGCAGUUGGAACCGAAUCUUUUGGACUAUCCGAGAGAAUCAAUGCCGAAAAAUUCGCAGUCAAACAGACCCAAAGAAUGCAAAAACUACGAAUAAAGGCACUUGAAUACAUGGACUGGGGCUUCAAUCAGCUUGAUACUUUGGUUUUGGGAAUGGAUAGUCAUUUGGUCUCGGAUACGAUACAUUCAAGAAGACCUAAAUGGGUGGAAGACCGCUGGAAGUUCAAAGAGGAUAUCAUGAGAUACUUGAAAAAGAAGGCGUUUCAUGAGGUAGAAUUUUUGUCGAAGAAGGAAUUCAUUGAGAGGUUUGGAGAGUGGGAUCCUCAGAUUCAGCUUGGCUGGUAA